UUGAAUUCCCCGCUAAGGCAUGCUUCCGCUAGUAGGCAGAGGGUUUAAGCACACGUUCCCUAUCGCCUUCCCCGCCCACUACCACCGCCUACAUCUGCACCUAUCCCGCUCUCUCAUGGCCGCCGCCACUUCACCUAAGCGAGUCGGGACCCACAACGGUAGCUUCCACUGCGACGAAGCCCUCGGCUGCUUCAUGAUUCGCCUAACCGACAAGUUCUCCAACGCCGAAAUCGUCCGCACCCGCGACCCCAAGGUUUUGGAGGGUCUGGAUGCUGUGCUUGAUGUUGGGGGUGUGUAUGAUCCUAGUCGGGAUCGAUACGAUCAUCACCAGAAGGGUUUCGAGGAGGUUUUUGGGCAUGGGUUUAAGACUAAGCUGAGUAGUGCUGGUCUGGUUUACAAGCAUUUCGGGAAGGAAAUAAUAGCGAAGGAGCUUCAGGUCGAUGAAGGUCACCUUGAUGUGCAUAGGUUAUUCCUGGCUGUGUACAAAAGCUUUAUGGAGGCAAUUGAUGCUGUAGACAAUGGGAUCAAUCAGUAUGAUACUGAACAGCCUCCAAGAUAUGUGAAUAAUACACACUUGUCUUCAAGGGUAGGCAGGUUGAAUUUGGAUUGGAUAGAUCCCGAUCAAUCGUCUGAAAAGGAGAAUGAAGCCUUUCAACGAGCAAUGGAACUGGCGGGCAGCGAGUUUUUAAGUAGUGUCCGUUUUCAUGCAAAAUCAUGGUUACCAGCACGGUCUAUUGUAAUGGAGUGUCUCUUAGCAAGAUGGAGUGUUGAUCCUAGUGGAGAAAUCAUGGUUAUGAAUCGAUUUUGCCCUUGGAAACUUCAUUUAUUUGAACUUGAAGAGGAGAUGAAGAUUGAGCCGCCCAUCAAAUAUGUUCUUUAUCAGGAUGAUAGGAGCAAACACUGGAGAGUUCAGGCGGUGGCCGUUGCUCCUGAAAGUUUUGAGAGCCGAAAGGCUCUUGCAUCAAAAUGGCGGGGGCUUAGGGAUGAGGAGCUCUCGAAGGAGGCUGGGAUUCCCGGAUGUGUUUUUGUUCACAUGAGCGGAUUUAUCGGAGGAAAUCAAACUUAUGAAGGUGCUCUUGCCAUGGCGAAAGCGAGUUUGAAGUUUGAUUGAGCAGAUUGACUUGCAUUGGCGUGUUACUAAUUCAGCUUACAAAAUCUUGGGCAUUGCAGCUACGUCUUGGCUAAUUUCUCUUACUUUAGCCUAUUUCUCAUCGGGACCAAUUUUGCUCAUAACUGCGUUUUCUGAUAUUGUAUUUGACGAUAAAUUUCCUUAUUAAGUUGAAUUAAGUAAACAUUUUAUUCAGCUAUUACAGAAUCAAAAACUGGUAUAUGGAUUGUGGAAGACAUUAAUUGUAUUGAUGUUUCUCUGUCAA